CAUUUGUCGUAUACGGUGGGUGUCUCUCGCGCUCUUGUCUUCAAAAGGGUUAAAAUACGGUUCAUAUCUUGAAAUAGCCUACAUUUUCGAUUUGUCGGCGACCACCCGAACAACCUGUAAACAUGCAGAACGACUCCGGUGAAUUUGUGGACCUUUACAUCCCACGUAAAUGCUCUGCUAGUAACCGAAUCAUUGGAGCCAAGGACCAUGCCUCCGUCCAGAUCAACAUUGCUGAGGUUGACAAGGUGACCGGACGCUUCAAUGGUCAGUUCAAGACCUACGCCAUCUGUGGCGCCAUCCGCAGAAUGGGUGAGUCUGACGACUCCAUCCUGAGGCUGGCAAAGAAUGACUCUAUUGUAGCAAAGAGCAUCUAAGUGCAAUGCUGCAGCAGUGGAGACUUUGUAAAAAAUAAAAUGGGGGGAAAAAACUA